AUGGCAGCCGUGGGUGGCGCACCGGCCCGGUGGACGGCGGCGGUGCUGUCGAGGGCUCAAAACGCGAGACGACUCAAAACCCUUGCCUUGGUUGACCUCUCCGCCUCCUGCCCCUCUUACUUCCUCCGCCAUUGCCCCCGCCCGCGCAUCCCUCCGCCCGUCCGCGCCCUCUUUCUUGCGCCAUGUCACUCCUUGGAUGCCUCUCUCUCCCCCUGCACGCUGCGCGCACAUUGGACAUGGGGCGGCGCAGCAGUGCGCGGAGCCACGCUCAUACCCCUGCGCCUGCGCCUGCCCUGCCCUUUCCGCCAUCCGCGCCUGCCAUGUCCGCCUGGCGCAGAGGGGCAGCGGGAGGAGGAAGUGGGGGAUGGGGAGGAGGUGGAGAUGGAGGGGGAGGGGGAGGGGGAGGGGGAGGGGGAGGAGGAGGGGGAGGGGGAGGGGGAGGGGGAGGAGGAGGAGGAGGGGGAGGGGGAGGAGGAGCGCGGAGGGCGAUGGUGGAAGAUGGAGUGA